AUGGCUCCAUUGUCCAAAGCCAUCACAAUUGAGUCUUCGUCGUUCAGUGGCGACGAUACCAGCUCGCAUACGGGCAGGAUAGAUCCCGAGUGGAAUGUGGCUUCGAUACCGAACGGAGGUUAUGUCCUUGCUCUCGUGGUUGAAGCUUGUAUCAAGCAUCAGGCCCGCACUCCACUGCGAGAUCCUAUUCAUGUAACAGCACAUUUCCUACGGACAACUGCGGUGUCUGUGUUCGAGAUCCAUGUCCACACCCUACGCACGGGAAAGAACUUCACCAAUGUGGCGGCAGAUUUCAAGCAGCAGAAUGAGACUAAACUUACCGUCCACGUCAUAUUCGGCGUGCUGUCAUCCAUGGACUCUGCCUCUGAUCCUCGGCCGACUUUGGCACCGCCUUCUCCUUAUGCGCGACGGAUUCCCCUUUUAACACAUCCAUCUGAACUGAAAGCCACUCACUGGACAAGAAGACCUUUAGGUUACGCCUCUCGCAUCGGAGUCGCUGAGGACCCUGCGAUACGGCAACGUAAUAAGGAACCAACGAGCUGCAAUUAUGACGCCAAGGAGCUGGAAUGGGGAGCGUGGUUUGAGCUAGCGGGUGCUGAAGAAAAGAUAACGACGCCCUCUAUCGCCUUCCUUGCGGAUACAUUUACGAGCCUACCAGUACUGCUCGCGCAGCAAGAACCGACAGGGCCGUAUCGCACUGGGAAUGAGUGGUUCCCCACCUUGACGCUGAGUAUUGAAUUCAAGUUUCCAAUACCUACGUCACAGGAGUACGCCAGACGGACGGUAGGAGUGCAUGCCCGCGGACGUUAUAUCAACAACCCGCAGGGAAGACAUGAGACGGUUGUUGAGGUGUGGUCGGCGCCGACCAAUAUCGGAGAAGACUAUGGUCAGAUUCCACAAGACUGGCGAGAGAAACAGCGUUGUCUCGCGGUGUCAAGUCAGAUGGCGUUGAUUGUGCCAAUGGCUCUGAAUCUACGGAAAGCGGAACGUGCCGCGACAGGCUCGAAGUUGUGA